ACAUUACAACAAAUAAGUGUGUCUCGCCAGAAAGUGGUGGUGAAGAAGGACAUUCCAGGAAGAUAUUCAUAUUUCUCUCAAUAGAUCGAGAUUUUUUUGUGGUGAAAACGUUGGAGGUACGGAGAAACGACCAUGGAGAACAUGGAAGGGGCCGAAUCGACCCACAACACAAAGAUCUCCGACUCGGGAUACUCCAACAGUUGCAGCAACAGCCAGUCACAGCGGAGUGGCAGUUCCAAAUCGCGCCACAGUAACAGCUCCAGCGGGGGCAGCAGCGGCUAUGGCGGCAAAAACAACACCCCGGGAGCGAUUCCCGGUCCCAUCACGCAGCACCCGGUCAUCAAGCGCACAAAGGACAAGGAUCGCAAGAAGAAACGCAUCCGGACGUCGAUCGAGGCCAGCGGACCGGGAACGGCGACGGCGGCCUGCGGAAAUGGCACCAAUGGCGGAACCGGGGCCACGGAGGCGGACCAGUUGAUGGCUUGUGACGGGGCGGGACCCGGAAGUGCGUCGGGUCAGGGCGAAACUGGGGCCACGACGGGUGGUCAUCAAGAAAUGAACGCGCAGCCAGAUAUGAACGAAGCGAGCAAACCCAACGGGUCACCUGCGACGGCCACGUGCGACGAACCGACGCUGGCGAGUGAUGAAAAUCAAACAAUGCAUAGCCAACCGCAAGCGGAAUCCGCCAACGUGAUUGAUGCGGCGAUGCCGUCGAGCUCCGGAGUGGUUCCGAUGGAGGAAGGUGGUGUAGAGGGGGAAGGUGUUGAGGGGCAGGAAGGUGCCCCGAAGACGCCCGCCGAUUGUAACCCGCCGAAAGCCGCCAAACCGGAGGUUGAAGACGGAUUUUGCUGCGUAAUUUCGAUGCUGGACGGGGUUGUUCUGUUUACGACGCCCAGUAUUACGCGUAGCUUGGGCUUUCCGAAGGAUAUGUGGCUUGGGAGGUCGUUCAUAGACUUUGUCCAUCCGAAGGAUCGGGCUACGUUCGCGAGUCAGAUCACCUCGAAGGUGGUGCUGCCGUUGGGAGAGUCCAAGAAUGGUUCGAAUAACAAGGACCAGAAGAACUGUUUGUACGUGAUGCUGCGCAAGUAUCGAGGUCUGAAGAGUGCCGGUUUUGGAGUGACGAAGACUACGGUCAACUACGAGCCGUACUGCUUGGUGUUGACCUUCCGUGAGGCGCCGAAUGACAACAGCGGUGAGGUGUCGCCCAGCACGGGACGUAACAUUUUGCUGAUCGUUUCGGCGACUCCUGUCAAAAGUGUGUACACUCAGCCUAACGAACGUAUGAACGAGCGGAAGCUCAAGUUCAGCACUCGACACACUACGAACGGAGUGCUGAAUUACGUCGAUGGUAACUCGGUCGAGUCCAUUGGAUAUCUGCCGCAGGACAUUCUUGGUCAGUCCAUUAUGGAACUUUACCAUCCGGAGGACAUGCCGAUCUUGAAGAAAAUGUACGAAACGAUCAUGGUCAAGGGACGAACGGCGGGAGCUUCGUUUGUGAGUCAACCAUACCGCUUCCGGGUGAAGAACGGCUGUUAUCUCGUACUAAAGACCGAGUGGACCAGCUUUGUGAACCCGUGGUCACGAGAGUUGGAGUUUGUCAUUGGUAAUCAUCACAUUAUGGAAGGUCCGUCCGAUCCGGACGUGUUUGCGUUGCACUUUAAUCAUCAGCACCAAUUUGCGGACGAGCUGCUGAAGGAGGCAAAAACGAUCGAGGAGCAGAUUUUGAGGCUGCUGAAGGAGCCCGUAACGAAACCAUCCGAUACGGUCAAGCAGGAAGUCUCCAAGCGUUGCAAAGCGCUGGCUUCGUUUAUGGAGGAGCUUAUGGACGAGGUUACGCAGCCCGAGCUUAAGCUGAACCUGCUGAACGAGUCGGAUUUUACCUUCUCGGAGCGGGAUUCGGUCAUGCUUGGCGAGAUAUCUCCGCAUCACGAUUAUUUCAAUAGUAAGAGCUCCUCGGAGACCCCGCCGAGUUACAAUCAACUCAAUUACAACGACAACUUGCAGCGGUUCUUCGACUCUCGUCCGGUCAUGAACAUUGAAGAAUCGCUGAAGAAUGACUCGUCCGGUGGGACAAACACCGAGAUCCAGGAUGACCGGACGAACGUCAGCCCGAACCAGCGGUUCAGCGCAAGUGGAGGUGGCGGCAGUGGUGGCAGUGCGGGAAAUUUCAGCUCCGAAAGUAACGCUCAAAUGGACAGCACAACCAACACGACCAGCAACACUGGCACCUCGUCCGGCAGCGUACAACCGCCGACGUUGACGGAAGAGUUGCUUUGCCAGCACAACGAAGACAUGCAGAAGGUGAUGCUGAAGAGGCAUCGCGAGGCACGAACCACGAGCAGAGGAGCGGACAAAAGCCGAAAGGGACCGCCGGACAAAGUGUACACGAACAUCGCAACGCAUGGCGUCAAGCGGGGAUCAUCGCACUCGUGGGAGGAAGACAUGCACAAAACUGCAAAGCAUCAGCACAAUUCCAACCCCAUGCGCGACUAUCAACCACAAUCCUCAUCAGCGCAACACACGGUGCUGCCCAAACCCACCCAACAACGACUUCCCGUAGUUCCGAUGGAUACCUGCCGAGCAGUCGUGACCACAACGGCCGUAACCAUGGGCCAACAGACGGCUACCGUUCCGUACAACCUGCCACGUGCCGGCGAAAUGUGGCCACCCUUCUCCGUCAGUGUCACAACCGUCCAAACCGCCCAAACCAGCUCGUCCGCCAGCUUCGUCCCUUCGCACAGCAUCUUCCCAACGUUGUACUACAUCCCGGCCGCGGCUCAACCGACAUCAACCAACCCAACCCUAAACCCCAUCACCGUUCCGUACGUGGCCGGCAUGAUGUACCCUCAUCCGCAACUCUACCAGCAGUCGGUCCUCUACCCACCGAUUAUGUACCACGCAAUGCCCUACCAACCGGCUCCGCCACCUUGCGGACUAGCCUCCGAUGCCCGUAACAAACUACAACCGCAACCACCCACCUCCCAGAAUCCGGUACCCGGAAGUUCCGGCCAGGUCGUCCCCGGUGACAUGCCCGGCGGACGGCAGGUGCUGCAAACCAUUCCACCGCCGGCGGGCAGCGGAUCGCAGUCCCAGGUGGCGCUGACGUCCUUCCAGUGGCCACCCUCCCAGGCGACCUCAGUCAAGGCCGAACCGGGCUCCAACAUGGGAAGUAUUGCGUCUGCAUCAAUGGCAAAUCGGGCAUUCUCGGAAUCGUCGAAAAAGGACCACGCCGGCUCGCCAAUGAUCUCGAACGUCGACAACGACUUCCAGCUGGACAUGGACCACCGCCUAAAAGUGCGCCCAGGUUGCACCGCAACAAAGAUGCUAACCGUACACGGCAACAACAGCGACGACAUGGACGAGUCCAGCUUUUCCAGCUUUUACUCGAGCUUCCUCAAGACGGACAACUCGUCCGAGUGCAAUGGGGUGGACAAGGGCGGCGAGUCGGGCGAGAUGAUCUGGGACUGCGGCUCGCACAAUGUGGUGCGGGCCAAGCGGCGUCCGAACCCGCCCUGGCUGGACAACAUCUGCCAGACGAAGGACCUCAUCUACCGGUACCAGAUGAACGAGCGGUCCAUCAAGGAGGUGCUGGACGCGGACCUGAUCGCGCUCAAGAGUGUCAACCAGCCCAUCCUGGUCAACGACCAGCUCGGUCAGCUCUACCUGGAUCUCGAACUGGAGGGCCUCUCGGCCAAGUUGUCCCUGAGCGACACCACCUCCGGCAGCAGCAGCGACGGCAGCGAACCGCAAAGUCGCACCAAAAUGGUGAAACGCAACAUGCGCUACAACAAGCUGGUCAUGAUCUACGAGGAGAACGCGCCCUUCCCGCCACUGCCCCUGCCGCCGCUGCUGUCGAAGGCGACGGCGGCCAAAUGACCGACGGUUGGUCAGCACUUUCAGCGCCGACAUUUGCUGCCACGUUGAGACGACGACAACACAAAAGAAAUGCACUCAAAUCGUGUUCCAGUAUUAUACUCUUUUUUGAAUAUUGCGAAAAGGACGCGAUUGGAGUGAGCACCUGAAUAAGGACAACUUUUUGUCCACAAGGAACUGUUUGCCUAUAGUUAACUGUGACUGUUUUAAUACAAAGCUGUAGAUUUUAUAAUAGUAAGUUAAUUUUGUGUACUUUUUGUAAGGACAUAAAUAAAGUUUUUAUCGAUUUUAUAACAGAUUCAGUGUUCAGAACAA